AUGGGGUGCAACAUGUGUGUGGUCCAAAAGCCUGAAGAACAAUACAGGGUCAUGUUCCAGUUGAACAGGAAGGAGUUGUCCCGACUAUCUGGCGAUCCCACGCUGGACAUGAGGGACCCCGUACUGUCCAACAUACUACGGGGUCGCAGGGCCCGCAGACGCGCAGGCUCCACGGGGCCUCCCGCUAGCGUGGCACCUCUGACCAUGGGGAUGGCCGACUGCGUGGACAGCUGCACCCAAACGGACAUCAGCUUCCAACAUAUGUUGACCACGGGCAAGAGCAAGCAGUCACCGCCCAAGCCUCCGCCUUCGCCGCCUCUGCCGGGGCUCCUGGAGCCUUAUCUGCUCAAUGAGCUUUUCCUAGAGCCCGUGUACUACGACCCCUCCGACUACUUUGACGUCUCUCAGCAUGACGUCGACAGGCAGGAUGAGCUGGAAUAUGAGGAGGUGGAGCUCUACAAAUCCCGUCACCAGGAUAAACUUGGGCUAACCGUGUGUUACAGAACCGACGAUGAGGAGGAUCUCGGGAUAUACGUUGGCGAGGUGAACCCAAACAGUAUUGCUGCAAUGGACGGCCGCAUCCGCAAGGGGGACAGAAUAUUGCAGAUCAACGGAGUGGACAUCCGAGACAGAGAGGAGGCGGUUGCUAUUCUGACCAGAGAAGACAGCACGAAUGUCUCCUUGCUCCUCGCACGACCCGAGAUAGAGAAUGACAACCAGGUGGUUCCAGACACAGGGCAGUUGGAGCCACUGGACAACGCCGUCCACCUGUUGGCCAGUCACAGAAGCAACACCGGCACCUGCGUAGAUACCUCCGCCCCGGCUUCUGGGUGCCAGGAUGGCUUCCCGAACCGGGAUUCGCCCAAUUUGCUGCAGACCGUGCUGAGCAACAGUCAGGAGCUGGACAGCGGAGUGGGCCGCACGGACGAAAGCACGCGCUACGAGGAGUCCUCGGAGCACGACCUCCUGGGAGACGAUCACACCAGCGCCUCCAAUACCAACACCACCAACACGCCCGGAAGCUUGCGCAAGUUUUCCUCCACCCGAAGCGACACGUCGCCACUACUGCACUCCCACGACCUCCAGUAUAGCGCCGACUCCCUUUUGGGCCUGGACUGCAUCGGCGGUGCACCGCCGGAGUCGCUGGAGGCUAGCGACAGGGCCUACACAUGUGACCCGGUGAGAACGAUGAUGCCCGGGCUGACGGAGGAAGAGUGCGAGCGAUACAAGGAGUUGCUGGAGAUCAAGUGUUACUUCGAGAGGAGCGCAUGCGGUGAGGAAGAAGGCGUCUCGCUGGACGAGAACAAGAACGAGAGCUUAACUCGGCACGAGAUGGCGCUGUUAGAGGAGGAGUUGCGGCACCUGGAGUUCAAGUGUCGCAACAUCCUGCGGGCGCAGAAGAUGCAACAGCUGAGGGAGCGCUGCCUCAAAGCUUGGCCUCUGGAGGAGAAAGCGGCCAGCCGCUGCUCGCUUGGCGACGAGUCCCGGCACCAGGCCCUGUCUGACAUCAACGAACUUCCCGAGAGGGAGCGCUCCGAUAAGGACAGCACCAGCGCCUACAACACCGGAGGGGAAAGCUGCAUGAGUACCCCGCUAGUCAAUGAGAAGCACCCUUACGCUGACAGCCCAGAAGGCGGAGAAGCUCAACUGGAGAAGAGCUUCCCCUCAAGACAGAAGGAAAGGGCAACCCGAAAUGGAGGAGGGGCCGGAGUCCAAGUGAACCUCAACCAGGCCGGGAGAGGAUCCAACCCGGGAGCCCGGAGAGGUUCCGACGGAGGGCUGAGACGCAACUGCAAAACCAAUCCUGCCAGCGGGAGGCCCGGCGGCCGCAGUGCCGAGAACAGUCCUUACAUGUCUCGCCGUCACGCCCAAACAAAGUUGCCGCGGCACUACCUGAGCUGCAUGCAGCUGGGCUCUCCAUCAACCUCCGAAGUCCCCGGAGAGGCCGGCGCCGACCCUAGAGGUGGAGACGUCAGCCCCAUGAGUCUGGGGAGCACUUGUAAAGACGUGGGCCAAAGUGAAGCCGCCGGGCUCUUGUCCCCGCGGAUGGAAUGGAAAGUGAAGAUUCGAAGCGACGGUUCACGCUACGUGGCCAAAAGGCCCGUGAGAGACCGCCUCCUGAAGGCGCGGGCCAUGAAGAUCCGAGAAGAACGCAGCGGCAUGACCACAGAUGACGACGCGGUGAGCGAGAUGAAGAUGGGCCGCUAUUGGAGCAAAGAGGAGCGCAAGCAGCAGCUGCAAAAGGCCCGAGAGCAGCGGCGGCGCCGGGAGAUGAUGAUGCAAAGCCGCCACGACUUCCUGAGGGAGCGGGAGCAGGGCUGCGGGGUCUCCGGGGACGGGGACGCCGUGCCCCAGCAAGAACCCACUUCCAUCCUGGAGCUGUGCCACCGCAAGAGCAUGAAGAAGCGCAGCCGCAGAAUUCUGGACAACUGGAUCACCAUCCAGGAACUGCUGACCCAUGGGAGCCGAUCUGCGGAUGGAUCCAAAGUUUACAACCCGCUGCUGUCCGUCACCACGGUCUAAGCGGGACAAUGUGUUGGAUGAGGACAUGCCCCCUUUUACACUGCCCUGUUGCCAGCCAGAGGAGGCAAGUGCACACACUCUGGACUUACACGACUCACAGAAUAGUGGUCUAAAGUAAGUCUACCCGUAAAGGCUAGCGUGAAUUUUAUUUCCGCUUUUAGAUUUAACUUUCACCCGAAAGCCAAAUACCUGUAGGUUUUUCGUAGUAGCAGCAUUAAAUAGAAAAGAUAGGCAUGUAAAAAAAAAAAAAAAAAAAGAUUGGAUAAGGACCAGUCCAGCUGGAAAUAAUAAUUCAUAAAUAAUUGAUCAUUAUCCAAUGAGUUUUUUUAAGUGAUAGUGUGUAGAAUGUUUUUAUUUUUUAGUGUUCAUUGAUUGUAAAAUAAUGUGCAAACAUUUUUUUGGACAUUUUUGGGGAAAAAAAAAAAUCUAGAAUUGUAGGUCCACUAACCUCUGAUUAUAUUCCAUGGAUGGUGCGUCGCCAUAGAGUAGCUGACACGUCUCUCCGCCAUCUUACUGCUAUGGAGAACCAAAGGGGACAAUCAUGUGAUCACAGAUCAAUGAGUACAACGUGUAAAAACAGCAAUGCACUCACCUUGAUACGUGAUGGAACACAAGAAGUCGUUUGAUGACAUUUCGCUGACACCUCUGCUGAGGAAAUUGGCGGCAGGUGGGGGUCUCCAAGGCACCACUUCAUCGUGCACAUGCUUCAAAUUAAGAUCCGUGGAUUCUAUUAGUUCACCACUAGAUGGCAGUAAAUUCUACACACUGUCCCUUUAAUGCUAAAAUGUUUUACAAUGAGUCAAUUUUGAUAAAAGUACAAAAUACAGUUGCUUUCAAAUGUAGAUAAAAGUAAAAAAUCAUGAGGAAAAAUAAAGCCACAUCUGAACACAUACAGUGCCCUCCAGAAGUAUUGGAACGGCAAAGUUAAAGUCCUGCUUUUGUUGUAUGCAGAAGACAUUUGGGUUUCAGAUCACAAGAUGAAUACGAGACAAAAGUUCAGCUUUUGUUUCCUACUAUUUACAUCAAGAUGUCUUAAACACGUCAGAACAGAUCACCUUUUGUUUGAAACCACCUUACUUGCCAAUUGAGCAAACGCAUUGAAACAGACAUGAUUAAAUUAACUUUAAGUGAGGUGCGGGAAGGGUGUGCUGGGAAUGGUGUCUGCUCUCAAUAAAGGACACAUCUACAUUUUGAACUUUUGUCUCAUAUUGAUCUUUCCACCAAUAACGUUGCCAAAUCUGUCAAUAAGCUGCAUUCAUUAAAAGGAUUGUAUUAAUGAGCUCUUUAAAAAAAUAACAGUUGAAUUGAUGAACUGCAUUGCAAACGCCACAGUCGGGAAAAUAGAUUUAAUGGGCUUAAAAUACAAACAAUGAGCGGUGGCAAGGUUAAAAAGAAAAAAAAAGCCACCAGAGGCGUCGGAAAUUGAGAAGAAACGACAACAGCGCCCUCUGCUGAUUUAGAAUUUGCCACAGAGAAAUGACUCAAAAGCUCACGCACAACAGAGCUGAUCUUUCUAGAAAUGAUCCCGUUUUGACCACAAGGUGAUUUGUAGGAAAGCUUGAUGGAAAGCACAAAAUUGAGAUUAUUUUGCAUAUAACAGUACAACUGGAAAUAGCAAAAUUAUGAUGGGUUAUUCUCAAGCACAUUUUCUGACUAGGCUAUCAGCAUUUUCAAAAAUAUUUUUUAAAGUAAAAUUUGCCAGCCUUUUCCUUUCAUGUGCAUCAAGAAUUGUAAGCGGCUCUCGUCUAAAACAUCUUGUUCCCUGCCAUGAGAACGAUGCUCAUUUGUUAUUGUUUUUCCAUGCAUGUUUGACUAUCAUGUUGAGCCGAUAUUUUUACAUUUGUAUACCGUGACUGUGCGUGAACGUGCUAGCCAGUAUUUGUUCAAUGUUGUGCCGUGCACUUUGUGAUUUUUCUAAAUAAA